UGGGAUAAUGUUGUGAUGACCUUUAAAUUCACUGGUUAUAUUUUUAGUCCCUGAAGCAGCAAACAUAGACAUUGUUUCAUGCUGUAGCGAUGAAAGCAGAUAGGGCCCCUUGGAUCACUUCCUUUAGAAACCAAAGAAUGCACACGUACAUGCAUGAAUAUGAUCAAAACGCGCGCUGACAGGAAAUAACCUUGAUAGCACAGAGCGGCUGUUCUUCUUUUCAGCCGAACAUGAUGAGGAUGACAAUGAAGAUGGCUGCUUUCUCUGGGGUCCCUCUGCUGCUGCUGCUCUGCUCCGUCAUCUCCUCCACAGAGUCUCAGCCCAAUUGCGACAGGUACGCCGCAAGAGGAGAGGCCUUCGCGGUGCCUCUGGGGCACCAGCUGAAAGACACAGAGAGAGUGAAGUGGAAGCGAGGUUCUGUCGUAAUCGUGGAGCGAAGACCCCCGAGUAAAGGGGCAGAGGGGCACGUCUUCUCGAUUGGGACCAAAGAUAAUAUUUUUCCAAAUGGAUCCCUGACUCUGAGGAAUGUGAAACCAGCCGACGCGGGGGAAUACACCCCAACGGUUCACACAGGGGAUGGAAAAUCCGCAGCAUCGUUAGACAGCGUGCAUGUAUGUGUACUUGAUCGUGUCCCGCAGCCGACAGUGAACACUACCUGUCUCCCAAAGUCAAAAGUCAAACUGACUUGCGACGUUGGUAAGGUCGAGGGGCUCACGUUUGUCUGGCUCCAGAAUGACAAGGAGCAGAAAAACCCGAAAAGUCCAGUUUGGAUACUGGAGCUCAAAGAUGUCAAAGAUUCCUUCAGUUGCAGAGUAUCUAACGCCCUCGGCCCUAAAACCAGUACAACUGUUACUGGCCUCUGCCAAAAAUCUUUUUUCCCCGGCGACAUGUGGGAACUCAUCUGGAUCUGUGUGGGUAGUGGUGGAGGUCUCGUUCUCCUGCUUAUAAUCAUCAUCAUCGUCUGCUGUGUCCGGGCCAAACGGAAAAAAAGAUCUCAGAAGAUCGAUGAGGAGGAGCUCCGCUUGAGGUGGGCCAACCCUGAGCAGCAGCAGCACCUCCAAUGUCCUCAGCAUGGCCAUCCUACCAGUCGUCGUCACCAGCACCAGCACCAGCACCAGGGCCAGCACCAGCACCAGGGUCAGCACCAGGGCCAGCGUCAGGGCCAGGACCAGGACCAGCACAAGCAGCAGCAGCAGCAACCGGCCGGCCACACUGGUCCUCGCCAACAUCGCUCCAAACAGCAACGUCCCAGAGCCCCAGAGCCCCCCCUCAAUCACCACCAGCCCAGCACCAUGAGACCUGCACAGAACGCCAGAGCAGAUGUUAACGGAGAUGAAGAGCAGGCUCCUCCUCUUCCUAAGCCCAGGUCGAAGACUCCCAGGACGCGAGUGUGACGUGAUGUGAUGUGAGUGUCAGAGAAGAAGACCCGUCACUGUUUCUACCACCAUGAUGUCAUCAGGAUGUUGUUCUUUAUCAAAUAAUCUCUAAAAGUAAAAGAGGUUCGCUAACGCAAACUCAAACUUUCUGUAUUUAUUCCAUGUGCGAAUGUUACCUUAAAAUUCAAUUCUUCCUUUUCAGAACUCA